GGCGCGGGGCCGGCGGAGCCGCCGCGGCCGCCCCCGGGCAUCGCCCCGGCCGGGCCCGGCACGUCGGGGCGGAGGCGCGACCCCUCGCCGCCACGCUGGGCAGCGCCGAGCGGCCAGCCCAGCCCAGCCCAGCCCAGCCCUACCCACCGCGCUAUAAAAGCCGCCUCCAGAAAGAGGAGAAACUCCGCGGGAGGAAAACAUCUCGGCGCGGUGCUGUUUCGCUGAAGUACAGGCAUGACAUCCGUCCUGGGCAGCAGCAGGGCGUCGGGAGGGCCGAGCGGGCAGCUGAAAUGCAAGUCCAAGAGGAGGAGGAGGAGGAGAUCGAAGAGGAAAGAAAAAGUAAGCAUACUGUCCACCUUCAUAGCGCCCUUCAAGUAUCUGAGUCCUGGCACAACCACCAUGGAGGAUGAAGACAAUUUAAGUACCAGCAGUGCAGAAGUAAAGGAAAAUCGAAACAUUGGCAACCUGGAGGAUCAUCCAAUAUCCUCUAACGAGAGGGCAAGAGGGGGAACACCUAGUAGUAAGAGAAAAAGACCCUUAGAGGAAGGCAAUAAUGGCCAUUUCUGCAAACUCCAGCUCAUCUGGAAGAAAGUCUCGUGGUCAGUGACGCCAAAGAACGCUCUGGUUCAGCUACAUGAACUUAAACCAGGUUUACAAUACAAAAUGGUUUCCCAGACAGGUCCAGUGCAUGCUCCAGUCUUUGCUGUUGCUGUGGAAGUAAAUGGACUUACGUUUGAAGGCACAGGGCCCACAAAAAAGAAAGCCAAAAUGCGUGCUGCGGAGCUAGCUCUGAAGUCGUUCGUUCAGUUCCCCAACGCCUGCCAAGCUCACUUUGCCAUGGGGAACUGCAUCAACCCAUCCACGGACUUUACUUCUGAUCAGGCAGACUUUCCAGAUACUCUGUUCAAGGAGUUUGAACCAUCCACACACAGCGAGGACUUUUCAGUCUAUAAGCCUGUUAAUAAUGAAUUGCUUUCCACUGCUUAUCGACACGGGCGCUUACUCUGCCAUACGCUGGACUUAAUGGGCCACGGUAAGCAAAACAAGCACAAGAUGGCAUCCAAAGCGGAGAGCGAGAAGAACCCAGUGGUGCUGCUAAACGAGCUGCGGUCAGGCCUGCGGUAUGUCUGCCUGUCGGAGACGGUGGAGAAGCAGCACAUCAAGAGUUUUGUGAUGGCAGUGCGAGUGGACGGGAGAACAUUUGAAGGCUCAGGACGUAGCAAGAAGCUGGCCAAGGGUCAAGCAGCGCAGGCGGCCCUGCAGGCCCUCUUUAACAUUCGGCUGCCCAGCCACAUUCCCAGCAGGAGUAAAUGUCACCAUCUGCCACAGGAUUUUGCCGACUCCAUAUACCAAAUGGUUGCACAGAAGUUCCGGGAGCUGACAGACAAUUUCACUUCCAUGCAUGCACGCCACAAAACUCUUGCAGGCAUUGUGAUGACCAAAGGUUUGGACAUCAGGCAAGCUCAGGUUAUAGUGCUGUCAUCAGGUACCAAAUGUAUAAAUGGGGAAUACAUUAAUGACCAAGGGCUUGCGGUCAACGACUGCCAUGCAGAAAUUGUGGCAAGAAGGGCAUUUGUUCACUUCCUCUACUCACAGCUGGAACUACACUUAAGCAAACGGCGAGAAGACUGGGAGCGAUCAAUCUUUGUGCGAUUAAAAGAGGGAGGCUACAGGCUGCGGGAGAACAUCCUGUUCCAUCUGUACGUGAGCACUUCACCCUGCGGAGACGCACGCCUCAACUCCCCCUAUGAAAUCACAACUGACUUGAACAGCAGCAAGCACAUAGUGAGAAAAUACCAUGGGCACCUCCGAACAAAGAUUGAGUCUGGAGAAGGAACCAUACCUGUCCGGUGUCAUAACGCAGCUCAGACGUGGGACGGCGUGUUGCUGGGAGAACAGCUCAUCACCAUGUCCUGUACAGACAAAAUUGCCAGAUGGAAUAUUCUUGGGCUCCAGGGUGCUCUCCUCAGCUCCUUCAUCGAACCCAUGUACUUGCACAGCAUCAUUGUGGGAAGCCUCUAUCACACUGGUCACCUUUCCCGGGUAAUGAGCCAUAGAAUAGAAGACAUUGGUCAGCUGCCAGCUUCAUACCGGCGCAAUCAGCUGCUUCUCAGUGGGGUUAGCCACGCUGACGCUCGGCAGCCCGGAAAAUCUCCCAGCUUCAGUGUGAACUGGAUUGUGGGGAACGCCGACCUGGAGGUUAUCAACGCCACAACGGGGAAGAGGACCUGCGGGAGUCCUUCACGGCUCUGCAAGCACAUGUUCUUCACUCGGUGGGCAAAGCUUCAUGGCAAGCUGAGCACACGAAUACCAAGCCAUGGAGACAUGCCAUCAGUGUACAGCGAGGCAAAGCUGGUGGCUCAGACGUACCAGUCUGUCAAGCAGCAGCUGUUUAAAGCGUUUCAGAAAGCCGGUCUGGGCACCUGGGUGAAGAAACCCCCAGAGCAAGAUCAGUUCCUACUAACUGUAUAAAUCACUUGACACCUUUGCUACAUGACUGGAUCAAAUCAGCUGGAGAGAAGGCUAGGCAGGACACGUGAGCUGAGAGAAUUGAAGCAGUUUGAGAUUUAAUAGCAACCUCAAUGGGAAUAUUUGCUUUUAAUUCUGUAUUGGAAAUACGUAAAUAGAAAUGUGUCUGAUGCACUGAACUUGACUUUAGAAAACUGCUUUUCCAUGACCCCUUCCCAAGAAUGUACCUGCCCAAAUUAUAAUGCCACCCCCACAGAUUCUGCAUUUCAUUGUUUAUUGCUGUUGGUUUUUACUGAUUUGAGGUGUUAGUGGGCCACCUGUCUGAUCCCAACUAGAGUUUGUUUUCCCUCACACAAUCAGUGCAAGAGUCAUCACUGAAUAAUGGAAAAUAGUGAGCAAAGAUGGAAGUACCCUAGGCACGUGGCAUGACAGCAGGUCUCAGAGCAUCCAUAAUCAUCCAAAAAAAGGUGUCUAACCUCUAUGCAAAAAUCAUCCUGUUAGCUGCCUAAAUCUGUGAGAAAGAAUUUGGACCUCAAAGAUAUGCAGCAUUUUUAAACUCCCUUUUCCACUGCUGGCUCUGAGCACAAAGCCAAGUGUCAGGAUUCCCUUGGUUUUUUACACUUAUUCCCUCUGACUCCUUGGACAAACCACUUCCCACCAAAUCUUCAAAUCUGGCCAGGAGUUUUGCACUUGCAAAUUUUAAUUACCCGUGCCCAGUUCAUCACACGUGCCCUUUAGACACCAGCAGGGAUGCAGAUGCUUGUCAAGAGGGCGAUUCAACCCUGUACUGCCUGCGGAGGUGCACAGUUCCAGGGGCUGCCGGUGAAGACCGCUGUGAUGAUGCUCCUAGCUCUGGGGCUUCAGGUAGCUGCCUAAAGUCGGGCAGGCUGGAACCAGGACCCAGAGCCUCAGAUUUCCAAGCUUGUGACAAUCCACAGCUUUAAAUUAAGUGGGUGUGAGCUCAGGAUGCUCCAUACAUCUGAAAUAUCACUGGGUUGGGUAGCCACAACUAAGGCAUCCCAAACGAGAGAGCGCAUUUGAUACUUGGCUCUUUCCUGCCUCAGUUUCUCCACCUGUCAAAUGGGGAUAAUAAUACUUACCUGCUUCACAUUUAGGGAACUUGGCAGGGUCAAAGUGCUCUGGUCAUAUGAUGCUGUCACUCUUGCAGUGAGUUUUACCUCCCCACAUAGUCCAAUUGAUGUAAGUGCAGCAGAUGCAACUACAGGCUUGGGUAAGAUAAGGUCUUACUCAAUGUAAGAGCUUUCAGAUUCUAGCUCUGUGUAAAUGCCAGGUAUUACUAUUGUUCAUGUUCAUCUGCAGCCUGAAAAGCAGGUGGGGUUUUUCAGUUAGGAAACAAGUAGCACCCAACAGUAAAAUAUUUUCUUCAUAACUGUGGCUGGGUCUGAUAUAAUCUCAUCUUUGAACCAUCCCAAACUUCAUCAGAAUGCAGAAGAUACAGUCAUGGGAGAACUGAGCUUUGAUAGUCCCACUGCAGAACCAACCUUCAAACGCCCUGUGCAUUUCUUUCAGUUUUUGGUUUUUUAAAUGACAGGAUUUGCGGGUAUAUAACUACUGUUUUCUUUUUAUUCCUGUGAUUCUCUUUAAAUCUGUAUAUAACAUGCUGCUACUGAUUUGUGAUAACUGUCUUGGUAUUUUCUCAGAACUGUCAAGCUGAGUUACUUUUCAAACAACACAAGGCUCAUAUUUUUCCAUGUAAUUUCCUUUACACGGGAAACUGUUCCUAUCAAUAAAGAUAGAUGCUCUUUGUAUAGGGUUUAUCAUGUUUGGAGAGCCAUAUACAGUAAAUACAUUGUUUAUUGAUGCCCACAAUAGAAUAGCUACAGUAUUUUGAUGAGAUUUUAUUUUUAGAUUAUAAACUACAAGAUGUAUCUAUAGUGUCUUGUAUAAAAACAAUUGUGAUAAACUAGAAUUUUUAAAUUAGAUAAAACAAAGCUCUCCCCUUCCAGAGACCUUUUCAGCAAAAUAAUACAUUCCAUAUUAACUACCAAAAAUAUUUAAAAAAAUAUCCUUAGAGUAGAAAUAGUUAAAAACAAAAAAAAACCUGAGACGUUUCAAUAAUGGAAACGUUUUGUGGUAACCACUUUGUCAAUAGUUUGACCAGUUUGUCAGCUCUUCUGAAUAACAUUCAGAAUUUUUUUGGCACCUUCUGGAGCUUCCCGGUACCUCCACACAGUCCCGUCCUCUAACACAGCUGUCACUGGUGCAGCCCUCCAGUGUGAUCUGGGCAGCAAAGGUGCCCAGAGGGGCAGUGGGCGAGUGGGGGUCAGGCCCGUGACUGGAGGUGUGGGGAGAAGCUGUGGGUGACACUGGCAGUGGUGGUCGCAGGGGCUCCGGCUGCUCCCACGGAGGGAGAGAAACCACAUGGCAACCAGAGAGGAGGACAAGGGUUCUCAUGCAGAGAUCCACAGGGCAGGGGGAAGCAAUGUCUUCUACUUUUCCUCUCCAAGUUAGUCUUUAUCUAGCACACAAGAGACCUCAAUGGCUCCUCCUUACAUCUCCCUGCCCUCAUCCAUCCUCCUCCAGCCCUGGCAUGACGUCAACUCGACUAAUGCAUAUAGCUCCACAGGCCGGUGUUGCAGCUACUGUGACAACAAAACACGUGCCUGGUUAUUUUUAAGAAUAAAAAGAAAAGUGUGGUGGGAUUGAAUUAUCCUUUGUUGCAAGAAAUACAUAAAUGCAAUCCUGGAUUCAGCUGCCAGAAUGAAUUUGGUAGUGGGGACCAAACUGAGUCUCCACUGCAAGUGGGCAUCAGCUGAUCUCAUUGGAGGCAAUGGAGUUGCACGUGCUUGCACUAGGGUUGAAUAUGACCUUAAAUGUCUACUUCUUCUCAUUAUGUGCAGCGAUAGAGUGUGAUGGGACCACAUCCCAGAAGCACAUAUGACCUACAUACAGCAUUUCCUGAAGAAAAGGAAAAAUUGCUCAGUAGUAGUUCUUUAGUGAAGAUUCUGUACAUAACACGCAUGAGUGAAUGGCAAUACUGUACUAAUGGAUGUACAUUUGUAAUAUUUGUAAAAAAAAAGAAACAAAAAAGACAACAAAAGAAAAUAAAUCUGAAUUUACAUAUGUGAAUUUGCUGCUAAGUUCUGUAAAUUGCACUUCAGUGAUACCUGAUAAGUGAAUGUUUCUGUUAAGUGAAUAAAAUGCCAAGUAAAAUUGUU